CUGAAAUCGUCGGAUUUUAUCUACAAUAUUACAAAGCAACAUAAAACUUAUAGGUUUAUAUCCGUCUAUGUCACCAGCCACUACUAAAGUUACGUUCCCUUCCGUCGAGGAUGUGGCUAAGAGCCCGGCAUUUUCGACGGCGAUGUGGCAACUUGAGCCACACCGAUCCGGACUCUUGCCGGUGGCUGCCGGGAGAGGAGGGCCGUUAAAUAUCAGUUGGGAAGUUCACGGAGACGGCCCUGUGAGACUAAUACUCAUCAGCGGUCUCGGGUUUUUUAAGGCAGCCUUCCAGCGGCAGACAAUGUAUUUCGGACACAUACACGGGUCUCAGUAUUCCGUUCUCAUCCUCGACAAUCGAGGGAUGGGUGGUUCCGACAAGCCAUUGAUGCGGUAUAGCACAUCGGAGAUGGCGCGAGACAUCAUAGAAGUCGCCGAUCACUUAGGUUGGACAUCGCCUCGGCAGCUGCACGUGUGCGGUAUCAGCAUGGGCGGUAUGAUUGCCCAGGAACUCGCGUACCUCGUGCCGGGCCGCAUUGCUAGCUUGAGUCUGAUUUGCACGGCGGCCCGGAUUGAAAACACUACCUCGUUCGCUGAAAAUAUGGCGAACCGCAUUACCAUGCUAUUACCCAAGAGCUUGGAUCGAAGCAUACUAUAUGCGGCCGGAGCCAUCUUCCCUCCGGACUAUCUGGCUCGUCCAGACAACGCCUCGGUCCCGGAUGAGUCGGUGCCGAAAUGCAAAAUUCCGGCCGGGGGAUACGGCAAGUUCGGGAGCAACUAUGAGCGCUUUGCCGCCCAGGAGAUCACAAAGCAGAGAGACAAGGACGGCUUCACCAAGACGGGGUUUUUGCUACAGCUGAUCGCAGCUGGGUGGCAUCACAAGAGUCCCGAGCAGUUGAAGGAAUUGGCUAACAGUGUAAACCGCGAGAGGAUCCUCGUCUUGCACGGAACCGAUGAUGGCAUGAUAUCAACUCCCCAUGGAAAGAAACUGAUAGAGUACCUAAAACCAGGCCAGGGCUUGAUAGUCGAUGGCCUGGGUCACGCACCCAUUAACGAGCGAACACUAUGGUUCAACGAAUUACUCGCGGCACAUUGCUCAUUAGGCGAGAAGCUGAACGGGCAGUAGAGGAACCUAGCACUCAUAUAAAGAUAUACACGGGU